CAACGAGAAGAUGGUGGGGCUUUUAGCAGAAAAGAAAGGCGAUGUACAUACAGUUCACACUGUUAAAAGCUCCUGGAAGAAUGGGAAGGGCGUCUGGAGAAAGAGUAAGAGAAUCCAGGACUCCCAGGGCGGCUACCACAUCCGAAAGAGAGAUCUUGGGAAGAUUCAUAAGGCCGCCAAUGAGGGCAACGUUGCUGAAGUACAACAUAUUCUCUGGUUUGGUAGAAACGGCCUAGACGACAGAGAUAGAAAGCGCAGGACUCCUCUGCAUCUGGCCUGCGCCAAUGGCCACUCAGAAGUGGUCUCUGUCCUAGUAGAGAGGAAAUGCCAUCUUGACCUCCGUGACAAUGAGAACAGGACGGCUCUAAUGAAGGCUGUACAGUGUGGAGAUGAGAACAGUGUAACUAUUCUGCUAGAACACGGUGCCGAUCCAAAUCAUAUGGACAACUUGGGCAACACUGCUCUCCAUUAUGCUGGCCUUGGUGAGAAUAUAUCAAUAGCAGAGAAGCUGCUUUUACACAGUGCAGAUAUUGAAGCCAGAAAUAAGGCUGGCCUCACACCACUUCAACUUGUGAAAAAUAAGAAACACAAGAAGAUGUUGGAAUUUUUAGCAGAAAAGAAAGGAGCUUAUGUCUCGAAACCACCCUCAAGAGAGCGAAUGCUUGCUUCUCAGCAACACAGGCAAAACGAAGCAAAUUCUGACACUGUGAUAGCUGAGGACAAUAAUGCUUCUUCUGAAAAUGAAGAUCUGGGUGAAGGAUUGUCCACACCACCAGUCGGAGUUGAUGGCUCUUCUCCUGUUUUUCCAUCAUCUUCUGUAAAAAGUCAUCACAAGCCUUUAGCUCUCCGUGGUCUUGCAGGGGCUGGCCUCUCACCACUUCCCAUUGCAAUAAGUGAGAACGAGCAGAAUGUGGAAUUUUUAGCAGAAGAGAAAGAAGAUUUACGUACAGUUCAUACUAUUAAAAGGCAAUACCAACAAAUAUCCACUUAUAAAGAAGGAAAGACACCAGAAAAUUCUUCCCCGAGUUGCCAUCCAGAUUCAGUUGACUUAUUAAAAAAGCAGAAUGAAUCUUUUGCAUAUGAAGGCCUAAUAAAUGUUGAAAACAGAUGCUGUGAACGACUUAAAGAAAAAAUUAAAAAAAUGGAAACAGAAGGCAAUGAACUACAAAAGGAGCUCUCAGAAACCCAAAAAGCGAAAUUGGAGUUGGAGCAUCAAAAAGUGAAAUUGGAACAUGAAGUCUGCAUGUUGAGGUAUAACAUCUUGAUUUUAAAGAAAUAUUUGAACUCUGUAGAAGAGCUAAAUGACACUCAGUGGCAAAUUUCUCGAGAACUGAAUGCCAGAAUAUUACAAGGUGGGAUUCUCAAUAAUCACCUUUGCAAACAAAUGAAGAUAGACAUGGCUAGUAUGAAAAUGAAUUCUGAGGUUUCUGAUAGUCAUGAAGAUAAACAAGAUCUGUUGCAAAGAAAACAAAUGUUGCAGGAUGAAGUUGCCGUGCUAAGACUGGAAAGAGACACCAUGAAAAAUCAGAACCAGGGAAACGAAGAGAAAUGUUAUGAUGACAUUGACAUGCCAAAAGAAAAGAAUGCCAGUCUAAAGACCAUAAGACAGAAGGAGGAAACAUUAGCAAAAACCAUAUCGCAAUAUAAUGAACAGCUUAAUCUUCUGACAGCUGAGAUUGAAGCGCUAAAAUCUAAAUUGAGGAAUGAAAAAGAAACCAAAGAGAGACCGGAAGAAGAACUUGAAUCAUGUCGUGCUAGACCGACCACUGCUGUACCGGAUCAUAAUCAGAGUCAGACAUCAAGAAGAGACCUAGAACUUGAUUUCCAGACACCAAGCAAUGAGAAGUUUUCUUUACGGGUCAAAAUGAAUUUUGAUACGUCUAAUCUAAAAGAUAACAAUAAAAUUCUAUCUCAGCAACCUGCUCAAGUUGAACUUAAAUUCAAUACCCCAGAAACUGAGUUCCAUUACACAAAAGAUGCUCUCGGAGAAAAGACUUUCAUUUCAGUACCUGUACAAAGAGACCUAAGUCAAACCGAGUGUCAGAAGAAGGAACAUGAACACAUGUAUCUGAAAUGCCCAACAAUAAACCACCAGACGAGCAAAGUGAAUGAAUACGUUGAAAAGGAAAAAUCCUUAAGGGAGAGAUUAUCUCAAGUACAAAGUGAAAAUAUGUUGCUUCGACAGCAAUUACACGAUGCUGGUUGCAACAAAGCCAAAGACAAGGAAGAGCUAGUAAUUCUUAUCAAAAACCGCUAUCAAGAUCUCAUAAAAAACCUUAGAGCUGAAAUUGAAAAACAAGGUCAAAGAAAUAAAAAGGGAAUUGAUGAAUGUAAUCAGUUAAAAGAAAGAAUGAAUCAGUAUGAAAAUGAGGAAGCAGAAAGAGAAGUAAGUAUGCAGAAAGAUAAGUAUUUUUCAGAUUUCCAGAAAGUAAAGUCAGGUAGUAUUUGAUUAUGGCUGAAUUUUGAAUCUAGGAAAGUAAAAAAAAAGAAAGAAAGAAAGAAAGAAAGAAAGAAAGAAAGAAAGAAAGAAAGAAAGAAAGAAAGAAAGAAAAUAGACUAUAAAUCCACAAAGAAGCAUAACUUGUGUGCAGCAAAUAAAAAUUUGACCUGAUAGGUGCCUUAAUUUGAGUAAAAAUGAUGGGAUGUUAAGAUGGGGGUAGGGGUAAGAGUCUUUCUAGGAAGAGUUGACUUAUUUUAUGGAAGAAAGAUAUGAAAGAAUCAUAGAAAAAUAAAAUAAACAAAAUCAAGUGCAAAUGUUGUUUAGUAAAGACAAUGAUAGCAAAGAUCUACACCUGAGUUACUUAAGGUUCCACAUUCUGAGACUCUACUAGAGUACAGAUAACACUUUAUUGCAGAUGAAAUUAUUUCAAAAUGUGAGUAGCUAGCUGGCUCAGUUAGUCUUGACCCUGAGAUUGUGAGUUCAAGCCCCACAUUGGGUGUAGAGAUUACUUAAAAAGAAAAUCUUCAAAAAAAUUUUGACAGUAGUUUUGAGUUAGACCCUUUUCACUCCAUUUCCAAACUAUAUUAUUUUCUUCAUGCAAGUUGAUGACCUUACCAAAAAAAGCUAUCUCGUCAAAAUGUCUGCACCUGGAUGCAAAAAAUCAAGUUGUUCAACUGGAGUUAUUAUCUAUGAAAGUGUUUGAAAAGGAAUGUGAAAAACCAGAGCACAACAUAAGAAGUUAGAACAAGAAGUAGGAAAUUUUGGCAGUCUUGUACAAAUGAAUAGGGUACAAAACAGUCAGGUAGAACAGAAUAAAUGGGAGAAUGAAGAACGACCACGACUGGCAGUAGGAGAACCAUAACAGAAAGUCGAUCUGUUUUUUACAGGUUAAUUUAUUGAUCUCUAAUGUGCUUUAAUUCAUUUCACUGCAAACUACGUUUUGGACACACACACACACACACAAGUAUGGGUUUCUGCUGGGAGCCGCACCGGCCUUGCUGGA